GACUUCUCUCCCCGGAGCCCAGAAACUUUCCUCCACUGUGGGAUCAGACGUCCGGCUCCUUCAGCUCUGCGAGGACGGUUGGAGCGAAUCAUGCCCUCCGACUUUCUGACACCUUUCCUGGAACUGGAUGAGGAGUUCUGCAAGAAUUUCCGCGGCCUGGAGGCGACAGAUGGCUCAGCUACCGGCUCCCAGCAGCAACGGCAGCAGCAGCAGCAGCAGCAGCAGCACAGUCAAAGAGUCCUCGGCUUCCAGCGACGCCAUUCUCUCUGCCCUGUGACCCUCCCCAACUCCAAGUUCAACAGCAGCAGCAGCAGCAGCAGCUCUGAAGUGGCCGAGUCGCCGUGCUGGGGGCUCAGUAUGUCCCCCAGCCUGCAGUGGAGCAGAGAAAGUCAGCUUCCCCGCUCCUCGCUCAGCCACAUUCCCUUCAGAGUGGACCGCUCGGUCAGCAUGAUCGAGGGCAACGCCAGAGACGACAAAGCCGUGACCCCGUCAGUGCUGCUGCCUCCGCCGGGGCUCUGCCUCAGCAACACGUCUCUUUCCUCCGCCGCUUCCUCCCCGGCCUCCAGAACCCCGGCCCAGGUCCAGGCCCAGGCCCAGGCCCCGGCCCCUCCGCCCCACAUCUCCACCCGCUACAAGACCGAACUCUGCCGCACCUACGAGGAGAGCGGCGCCUGCAAGUACGGCGCCAAGUGCCAGUUUGCUCACGGCCUGGACGAGCUGCGCGGCCUCAGCCGACACCCCAAGUACAAAACGGAGCCGUGCCGCACUUUCCACACCAUCGGCUUCUGCCCGUACGGCGCCCGCUGCCACUUCAUCCACAACGCCGACGAGCUCAACGCCGCCGCGCCGCCACAGAAACACAAGCCGAGGCCUCCUCUGCUGCGCCACAGCUUCAGCUUCGCCGGCUUCUCCUCCUCCCCGCAGACCUUCCAACCAGUAGAGCAGUCCCAGCCUUCCUCCCUCCUCUUCACCCGGGCCUCCUCCGUCUCCCCUCCUCCCUCCUCCACAGGCAGCCCUGAGCUCCUCUCCCCCCUCUUCCCUGAGCCGGGGGCGCUGAAGCAUUGCCCCUACCCUUUCUCUGGCAUCAGCGACCUGGCGGGUGAGGGCGGCGAGUCGCCUCUCCGCUUCUACGCCGUGACAGAUUCCGUCAGCAGCAGGUGUCCCGCCUCCACGUUCACCCCCAAAAACCCAAACCUCCCGUUCCACCUCCCCCAGCAGCUACCGGCGUCUCUGAGCGGCCGCCCCGGCCUCCAGCGCUGCUCCUCGGCCGACUCCCUCUCAGAGGAGGGCUACACGUCCUCCUGCUCCCUGAGCUCGUCCUCCAGCGGCGCCGAGUCGCCCAGCUUCGAGGGCCGACGCCUGCCCAUCUUCAGCCGCCUGUCUGUCUCAGACGAGUAGGGGAGGGUUUUUACUGCGAGGCUGAAUUUAACCAGGGAUAGAUGCUCUAAUUGUUUUAACUCCACACAGUAAAGCGUCUAGAUAAACUCCAGAAUCAAAACGGGACACGAGGAUUAAAACGUUAGGUUUUCGGUUCCUUCCUGAAUCCAGCCGAGUAAACUAUCUUUGUGCAUAUUGCAUUUCAUCCUAGCAGUUGUAGCGCUGCUCAGUGUUUGUCCAGUUUUAGCUGACUUUUGUUUUAUUGUGAGUUUUUUUGUUUUUACCUUUCAUGCCAUUGUUACUGCUGUAUACUGUUGUAUACCCGUUUUCCUUUUAGAGAACUCUUGGAGGGUACUUGACUCAGCUCAGCAUUCAUCCACAUGCUGCUCCUGCUGCUCAGUGGGAAGUUCUGUGUGAGAAUUUCCUGUACCCUGGUUUAUGUUCGUGCCCUGCGUAUGACUGAUGUGCUGCCCACGGCUUUUUAUUUCUUACUUGACUCUUUUGAAAACAGCUUCGACGCCUGCAGCACUUCCUCGGUCAUGUCUUGGGCCUCUGCGACUGUACGAAACCAGCGACCCUCUCGCCCGUGAGCAGGAGGGUUAAAUAACUGUAUGCCGUCACUGAUUGAUUCACUGAUUGGUCGUAUGGCUGUGGCCACUUGAUUGUAUCUGUCAGACGUUUUAUUGCCUGACAAGGGUUCAGUUAAACUGCCUUAGCAGCAGAAGGAAAACUAGCACAAGUGUAGGCGACCCACUGACGCUCACUAGCUACCAAAGUUGUUGUUAGAGUUCUCCUAACCCACUAGUAACUAAUAACCCCUAGCCUUAACCAUGUAACAGCUUAUGUACAGUGUUAUAGUUAUUAUAGCUUAACACUUUUCUUUUAUUUAUUGCUUUUCUUUUUUUUUUUUUUUGUAUGAUUUAUCAGAGUUUGCUUUGUGAUUGUGUUGUGCAUUUUUAACAAUGCCGAAGAAAUUAUGCUUUACUUAUGCAUUUCACCCGCUCUGUUCGUGAUAUCCAGUAGCUUUAAGACGGCUUCUCCGGAGAGGAGAGGUCACGAGGAGGAGGAGGAGAAACAUUUUGGCAUUCUACAUUUAUGUUGCCUUAUUGGCUGAGAGGCCUGGCGAAAAUCAGGGCUCGCCGAGCUCUCGAGCGUCGACGGCGAGUCUGCUCUCCUCUCCGAGAAGCCUCACACACCUCGACUGUAAUAAAUAAACCCGUUUAUUCCCCACUGAUUAUCUGAAUGCAAAGCAAAGCGGUGGAUAUAUGAUGACCAUCAGACAGGGAGCGAGAGGGGGAGAAACCUCUCGCAUCGCUGUGGUUUUAGUGUGUGGACGUUCCUGUGUGUGCGACCUUCUCCUCAGAUUUGAAGCCUUCGUUUUAUCUCAGAGUUCGAUGACAAUGUGUUUGCAGGUCGGCCUCUGUUAAGUCUCUGAGCGGCAGGCGAAAUCACGCGAGUUCAAAAUGAAAUGAUUUUGCUGUUUGUUUGUUGUCCGCUCAGUCUGCCCCGAGGAGUCCAGAGACGCUUCCUGCUGCUGUCGACUGGACAGCGAGCUGUUUUGUUAACUUAAAUUCUUAUUUAUUUAGUUUCUUUUUUUUUUCAAAGCGAAACCUAUACUGAGUUGUUUGAUAUUGUGUUGUUUUUUUCUUGUUUCACAUAAUUUAAGUGCAUCUAUUGUUUACAUUCCAUGGGUUAUGUUGAUAUCCUAGCUCUUUAUCUUAAUAUAUACAGUAUGUCCACCUUUAUUUCAAAAUAAAAGUCAUUGAAAAAAAAAAA